AUCAGAUUACAUUUCUUUCACUAUUCUCCACUCCCCAGUUCCUUGAUCUGUUGAAAAGAAGUAGAAAAGAUAAAUCCUCUCUUCAACGCCUGGAAGGGAAAACAAAAUAACUUCAACUCGGCUUUGAAAAAAAUCUUUCCAAGAACUUUCUUCAGAGAUUUUACUCAGAUGGUUUAUACAAUGAAGAAAGAACAGAUUUUUUGGGUGUCUGUGUAUCUUCUGCUUAAUUGUGCCUCUGCCCUUCUUAGUGCUGUCCUUGAAGUGGAAGAAUAUACAGAUAUUACAGAUGUUGAGUUGCCACCACUGAAACUUUUACAUUCAUUUUGUGCUUUGAAAGCGGAUAAUGGCCCAUGCAGAGCAAUGAUUACACAAUUUUUUUUCAACAUUCACACUCAACAGUGUGAAGAAUUUAUAUAUGGGGGAUGUGAAGGAAAUCAGAAUCGAUUUGGAAGUCUGGAAGAGUGCGAAGAAAAAUGUAUGAGAGUUUAUCCAAAGGCCAAGAUAGAGACAACAUUAGAAAAAGAAAAGCCAGAUUACUGCUUUUUGGGGGAAGACAGUGGAGUCUGUCGAGGUUAUAUAACUAGGUAUUUUUAUAACAAUGAGUCAAAGAAAUGUGAAGAUUUCAAGUAUGGUGGGUGCCUUGGCAAUCAAAACAACUUUGAAUCACUGGAUCAAUGCAAGCAAACCUGUGAGAGUUUAGUGAAUGAUCUUCAGUUGGAACAAGCUGUGAAUAAUACAGUACUGCCUGAGUCUACGGGUAAUACAAUACCAUUUAGUCCUGUGAAUAGUCUGACAACGCUUAAUGUUACGAAUACUGUGUCCCCGCCUGAUUCUGUGAAUAAUGAUUCUGUCACUUCCCAGCCUACCAAGGUUCCCAGCUUUCUGGCCCUGUGUCUUUCAGUGACAUUUUGUUUUAUCCAAUCUACUCGAUUCCUCGUCCACCCCAUCCAAGAUGCAGAAGGUGGAAAUGCAGCCAUCCCUCUUCACUAAGACCUAGAUGAGCCCUACUCGACCUCAUCCAAGUAGCAUAAUGUCAGAAGGCAAUUGUGCCCCUACUUUUCCUAUACCCAGACUAUCCCUUUUCUACUCCACCAAAGGCUUUUGCUGAGGUCUAUGAAGACACUGUUGAUAUUCCAGCUCAAAAAUAAUUACAUCUGUCAGAGCUUGCAAUUAUAUUAAUAUAUUUUACUAUAAUUUAAGAAAAUAUGGUUCUAUGUUUAUGUAAAACCUUGUGGUUCAAGGUUUUAGCAAAUGUAUAAGCUUCUCUGCAUUAGUUUCUUUUGAAAAGAUAUAAAUCGUUUUAAUUUUGAUUCAGUGCAUAGGAAUAAUAACAUGCCCCACAAUAAAAAUAGGAUAGCAUUCAUUUAAAAUUCUUUCCAUUAAAUAACAAUCCUUAGAGUAUUUGAAUAUUCCAAAAAUAUAGCUGGAUUAUGCUAUUGUUACGAAGGAGAAUAUUUGUAAAUAUAAUUUUAAUGUUUCUCUUCACGAUAAUAGGAAAGAAACCUUUUAGAAGUUUUGUUCACUGUUUAUUCUUAACUACCAUGAUAUUACAUAUAAGCUUGAGAAUUUUUUUCCAGUGAGCCCUCUUGACUGAAGAUAUUUGAAUGCUUACCAAGUGCUAUCUAAGUUUAAUUUUUCUGUUUAUUUCCAGAUUUCCUUAUUAGUAGGCUAUAUAGGUAUCUCAAAGAUUGAGGCUUGCCCUUCCUUAAAGAGAUUUUUAUAAAAUCUUUUGUAAGCACAUCCAUAUGUACAAAUGAGAGCAAAGUAUUUGAGUUUGGAUUGGCUGAAUUAAUGAGUAUAUCCAUGUAGGUAAAGUAAAUGUUUGUUCUCACUACAUGUGUGAGAGAAAUCAUUCUAAAACAAUCCCUCUAAACAUGUGUAGUUCUGUACACAAUCUUCAGAAUGAAAAACUACCACAAUUAGUUUUUCUUGACUUUUCCCUUGUGACUAGCACUACAGUAUAGUAGAUAAAAGACUCUGAGCCUGAAGAGUUGGGCUCAAAUCCCAGUACUUCCACUUAUUAGCUGCGCAGCCUUGAGUUACUUCUUAACCUCUCUGAACCUUAUUUUCCCACUGUAAAAUGAGGAUGGUAAUAAUAUAGUACUCACCUUAAAGGUUUUGUUGUGAGGUAAAAUCAGUCAAUAUACAUGGCUCACUUAGCAUGGUGCCUGAUACCUAUUCCAUGCUAUAGAAAUAUUACUCAUUAUCACUACCUGUGGGAUUCAGAGCAAUACCCCUAACUUCCCAGGCCUUAGUUUCUAACCUGCAAAACAACUCUUUGUAAGUUCUUCUUCGCAGAAGUUGAUAUUUCAGACACUCAUACAAUCUCUACUUAUUCAGCUAAGUGCUUCAGUACACAUACAGUCACAAAACUAUAAUUAACCUUUAAAAGAGAAAUGACAAUAGACCUAAACACAGGUCUGUGGAAACUUACACAGUUCAAAUGUGUUUAGUAGAAACAAGUUGAGAAUAUUGUCAUGUAGAAGUAUUAUGGGGCUCUGAAGCCAAAAGAACUUUAUGUAACUUUCCUUUGUCUUUUCAAAAGUUCCAGCUUUCCAAACUUCCAGAGUUCUGCCACCAUUUUCCAGCUAUUUCAGCUGGAGCACUUGGUACUCUCCUCUGAUCAUCCCCUCCUUCUAGUCAGUCCUUCUAUUGCUUUUUCUAAUGAAAUAUUCAUUCCUGUCCUCUCUCCAUUUUCUGUCUACCUGUCUUGUUCAGACUAGCAAUCCUUCGUGUUUCGAGUAUCUCCACCAUCUUAUGUCAUCAAAACAGGGACACGAAUGAAAAUGAAAGGGGGAUGCCAAAAAAAAAAAGAUCUAUCUUAAAUACACACACACACACACACACACACACAGAAAACUGGGUCUGUCAUUUUAGUGGAUAGAUUUUAAAAGUAUUUCAAUUUUUAAAAAAUCACAUACAUGUUGGGACAUGAUCUACCAAAAAAAUGAGCUUGGACUAAUACUGGCUUAGGCAAACCAGGUGUCAUAGACGUCAGAUAGAUAUCAAUGAGAUCAGACAUAAUAUAUAUAUUAAUAUAUGGUUAUAUAUCAGACACGUUAAAGAAAACAUUUGCUAUAUGUAUGUAUAUAGACACAUGCAUAUAUAUGUAUGUAUAUGUGCUUACGUGUGUAUAUGGAGAGACAGAAAAAGACAGAAUAAGAGAGUCAUAUGUGACAAUUAUUAGAUAUAACGUUUUUGACAUUGCUGUCCUAAUUUCAUAUAUCCAUUAUAUUAGGCUCAGAGUAUCUUUAAUCAAUCAAGUUUACAUAUUUCUCUUGCUUUACAGAAAAAUAAAUUAAAAACUUAACAGAUACAUUCUUUCUGUGUUAAUUUAGCCUCAUCCACUUGUCUUAGAUUUGUCUGCAUUAUCUGUUGGCCCUCUAACUAGUCCAGAUUUUUGUCUCACUAAAUACAAGAUUUUUCUGUCCCUUCCAAAUAGACAUUGUCAUUAGGUAGAACUUAUUUACUCUGUUAUUAAUAAACAUAAAUUAUCCAUUCUCAUGGCUCCCGAUGUUUUGUUUGGUUUCUCCUUCCUAAAAUUCACUGGCCCUCCUCUUGUAAGCUGCCUUUUCACCCCCACAAGGAAGUCUUCUUCCUCUUCCUUUCUCCUGGCUUCCUAUUUUGAUUCCCUUAAUGCUUAUAUUAGUUGAUGUUGUUUUAGCUCUGCCUCACUGACUAGAUUACAAGUUUUUUGAGGAAAGAGACCAAUGUUUUAUGUUUUGCAGAUCUUCCCUUCUUUGUAUUCAGAUCAGUGUUAUGCAUAGGCCAGGUGGCUCACAUUUUUUAUUUAUUAAUUCUGUGAUCCACAGUUAUAAAGAACAAAUGAUAGUUGGAAGAAUGUUGAUCAUACUUACCAAGUCCUUCUGACCACCUUCUGCAUUCAUGCAUCCAUGUCCAUUUUAGGAUAAAGUAGCAUUUUAUGCACAUGUUAAUAUUUCUGCUUUAUAUCGUAUAUGUGAUGCCUCUGAUAGCAUACAA